GCCCGACUGUGCUAGCAGCUGCCUAGGCGAGGGCCGUCUGCGACCCUCGGUUCUUUUCUCCGUUGUUCCAGGGAACAAAUCUGUCUCGAAACCGACUGAUCCGUUCCCAGAAAGGGGACAAAUAUUCAAGACCGCUUUAACGUCCUUCCAGUGGACACCUAGCCCAGUCUCGACGGCGUCCGCGGGUGGCGGUUUUGCCAAGUGCCGUCACAUUGAAAAAUGACUAAUGGAAGAGACCGGGUAGUUGCUCUAGUGGACAUGGACUGUUUUUUCGUUCAGGUGGAACAGCGGCAAAAUCCUCAUUUGAGGAAUAAACCUUGUGCAGUUGUACAGUACACAUCAUGGAAGGGUGGUGGAAUAGUUGCAGUAAGUUAUGAAGCUCGUGCAUUUGGGGUCACUAGAAACAUGUGGGCAGAUGAUGCUAAGAAGUUAUGUCCAGAUCUUCUACUGGCACAAGUUCGUGAGCUCCAUGGAAAAGCUAACCUCGCCAAGUACCGGGAAGCCAGUAUGGAAGUGAUGGAGAUAAUGUCUCGUUUUGCUGUAAUGGAACGUGGCAGCAUUGAUGAGGCUUAUUUAGACCUGACCAGUGCUGUGCAAGAGAGACUACAAAAGCUCCAAAAUCAGCGUAUCUCAGCAGACUUGUUGCCAACCACCUGCAUUGAAGGGUUUCCCCAAGGGCCUACAACAGAAGGGACUGUUGAGAAAGAGGAAAGGCGAAAACAAGGCUUAUUGCAAUGGCUUGAUUCUCUUCAGACUGAAAGCACCAGCUCUCCAGACCUACAGCUCACUAUGGGAGCAGUGAUUGUGGAAGAAAUGCGAGCAGCCAUCGAGAGGCAGACCGGUUUUCAGUGUUCUGCUGGGAUUUCACACAAUAAGGUUCUGGCAAAACUGGCCUGUGGAUUAAACAAGCCCAACCGGCAGACCCUGGUCUCACAUGGGUCAGUCCCACAGCUCUUCAACCAAGUGCCUAUUAACAAAGUCCGUAAACUUGGAGGAAAACUAGGGGCCUCUGUCAUUGAAAUCCUGGGGGUAGAAUACAUGGGAGAGCUGACCCAGUUCUCUGAAUCCCAGCUCCAGAGUCAUUUUGGGGAGAGGAAUGGAUCUUGGCUAUAUGCCAUGUGCCGGGGGAUUGAACAUGAUCCAGUUAAACCCAGGCCAAUAACCAAAACCAUUGGCUGCAGCAAGAACUUCCCAGGAAAAACAGCUCUAUCUACUCGGUUUCAGGUGCAAUGGUGGCUUUUGCAAUUAGCCCAGGAACUAGAGGAGAGACUCACCAAGGACCGAAAUGCUAACGACAGGGUGGCCACUCAGCUGGUUGUGAGCAUGCGCAUACAAGGAGACAGACGUCUCAGCAGCUUGCGACGCUGCUGUGCCCUCACCCACUAUGAUGCUCACAAGAUGAGCCAUGAUGCAUUUGCUACCAUCAGGAACUGUAACACUUCAGGAACCCAGACUGAAUGGUCCCCUCCCCUUAUAAUGCUUUUCCUCUGUGCUACCAAAUUCUGUUCCUCUACCCCUUCACCUGGCCCAGACAUCACCACCUUCUUGAGCAGUGACCCAAGUUCUCUGCCAAAAGUGCCAAUCACCAGUUCAGAAGCCAAGACCCAGGGAAGUGGCGCAGCGGUGACAACCCCUAAGAAAGCAACUACUUCUCUGGAAUCAUUCUUCCAGAAAGCCGCAGAAAAGCAGAAAGUCAAAGAAGCUUCACUUUCUUCUCCUACUGCCGCUACACAGGCCCCCAUGAGCCCACCAUCCAAGCCCUCAUUAGCUUUUCAAAGCAGUCAUACUAUAGGAACCGAGCCCUUCUUUAAGCAGAAAAGUCUGCUUCUAAAGCAGAAGCUCACUGAUCCUUCAGUUUUCUUCCCUCCACAGAAGCCCAGUCCUAAAGAGUUAACAAACUAUUUUCCAACAGAGAAUCCAGAUUGUGCCCCUGACUGUGAAAAGAUGUUGAAGCUAGGAUCCCCCAAAACAACUCCCACAGAGAUGGAUUUGGCCCAGAACAGCCUCAACAACCUUGCUCCUUUAACUUCCACAUCUGCUCUGGAGGUGGCUCAAAAGGCAACUAUGACCUCCAGUCUUCUGGCUGCUGAGGACCAAGUGCCCUGCGAGAAGUGUGGCUCUCUGGUACCUGUGUGGGACAUGCCAGAACACUCGGACUAUCAUUUUGCAUUGGAGUUACAGAACUCCUUUUUGCAGCCCCACUCCUCAAACCUGCAGGUUGUUCCUCCCAGUUCUCCUCAAAGCAAAAGAAAUCCCAAGAGCCCUCUGGCUUCAAAUAAUAAACGGCCCAGGCCUGAGGGCAUGCAGACACUGGAAUCAUUUUUUAAGCCAUUAACACACUAGUGCUGCCCUCAGGCUUGCUGCAGGGUGGUAAUAUUUUAUCUGUAACCUGGGAGGUGGGAAUAAGUUCACUUCUCAAGGAGACUUGUAACUUCACGAAAUUUUUAAUAAGAAAAAUAAUCCAGAUCUUGAGUUAAGGCUCCCAUCUCUUUACAGGCAUGGAUUCAAAUCCUAUUGCUGAAAGGAUGUAAAAACUCAUCUUUCAGAUAACUGUUUUUUCAAUUGUUAGUCUUUAGGGAAGCAGUGUCAGUUUAGAAUGCCUGGCCUUGGAGGUUCCAAACCUGGCUUUGCCUCUUGGAAAAUGUCCUCAAGAAAGUCACCUUGUCCAGGACCUUGUUACUGGCAACACAAGGGAACGUGUUAAACAUAAUCUCAGCCUUAUCCCUACCCCUGCUGAAUCUGUGUGUUAAUGAACUUGAGAAAUGAACUUGAUCUAGAAAAUAAUAACUGUCCUCUGGGCAAUGUCAUUUCCUUAGACCCUAAGUACACAUUUAAAAGGGAAGUGCUUGGGCCUUCAGGAUCACUGUCCUGUUCAGCUCUUUCCUACUGAAGUGUGAAUAUUUAUUUAGCUUGGGAUUUUAAAUGAAUUAUUGUAGCUUUUUGCACUUGUCUGUUUAUAUUACUGUAUACUUACUCUGCUUAUGUGUGUGGCUAUCGGCUGUGGCUUUUCUGAUGUGGGACAUGUUGAUUACACAGAGAAGCCAACUGAAGGUGAACUGAGUGAUGGGGGCAUAAGGCACAUGUACUCAAACCAGUACUUUCAGACUUAUUUUAGCUUAUUUAUAAGUUGGGGACCUAUAGUUUGAAGGGGGAACAUUUGAAAACCACUUUGUCUAGCAAAUUAGUUCUUCCUCCAAAAAUACUUUCCACUUUUGUGUUAAGU